AUGGAUUUAAGAGCAUCGGAAGAAAAACUUGUUCAUCAAAAAAAGCAUCAGCAUCGAGCUGAACUAUAUCUGGAUCAUUUCCAGCAGCCAACUUGGUCCAUUCAGCAUCGGAGUAUGCCUGGAACGGGUCCAGCAGCUUCAAUAUGGGCAGCAAUUGUUUUUCUAGCGAAACUUUCGCUAUCAUUUGUGAAGAGUUUAAUCAAUUCUCAAAAUGAUUUCCCGCGAAUUCUUAUCGCGCGAAGUCUUCACGGUGCCAUGGGGAAGCUACACCAGCUAGAUAAAGAUGUUAUCCAACAGUUGGUGGCUCCACUUUCCGUUUCUGGGUAUGCUAGUGCUGUGCGUGAACUACUACACAAUAGUAUAGAUGCUCAAGCGACGUUUAUCUCCGUGAAAAUUCACUUGGACUCGAUGAGUGUGAUGGUGACUGAUAACGGAUUUGGCAUCAACGAGGCAGAUCUCGGGUUGGUGGGCACCCAGAACUAUACUUCCAAGGCGGAGAAAGAUCUUUCAAGCGUCAAAACUAUGGGUUUUCGGGGAGAAGCUCUUUUUGCAAUAUCACAAGUUUCGAGCACGACCAUCGUCAGUAAAGUGGAUGGUUUUGGUGCUAAUACAAGACAUUUGGGUGAUCCAAAUGUGGAUUUAUUCGAACCGGAUGCUCAGGUUUGUAAUGAUAUCUUUGCUAUUGAUCCAACAUGCUUGGGAACUUCAUGGACUGUGGUGAUUGUUCGCGGUCUCUUUGCCAACUUCAAAGUGCGUCGAGCACAAUUAUUGUCACAAAAUAUUCAGAGUAUUCUUUCGGAGCUCAAGAACGAGGUUGCUGAGUGUCUGCUUCUUUUUCCCCGUGUAAAAAUUGAGGUUAAUGUUGUUCCGGCUGAACAAAGCAUCGUCGUUUCACCAUCGAUGGAAAAUCCCUUGGUGUCUACAAUUAGGUCCGUCUAUGGCUUUCGAGCGCUUCCAGCAUACGAAUUGGUCAACGUGAGGUACCAGCAAUAUCGUAUAUCGGGAAUUAUUGGCAAAUGGUCGUGGGUUUCGCCAUUGAAGUUUAUCUUUAUCAAUGAACGAAAGUACAUUGCAAGCUCACAAGACUUGAAAGAAUUCAACAAAUUGGUACACAACCUGGCCUACGUGCUCAUGGUAACCUGUCCGACAGACGAGAUAACCCAAGAUCCAGCAAAGGUUCUCUAUCGUGUACAUCACUGGAAAGUUGUCAAACGGAUGAUUUUGGAGCUACUAGAAAAGUUUGGCGUUUUGGACAGUCCAAUGAAAGAAAGAAGUCCAAGGAAGUCUCAUCUCAGUCCCAGAAAAUCUCUUUCCAGUCCCAGGAAAUCUCCUUCCAAGCCAAGAUCUCCUGUCAAAAGUCCCACCAAGGGCCUUUUCAGCUCUCGCCAAUUACACCCAAACCACUCAAUCUCCUCAUUCAAAACCAUAUCCGCCAUCAAUGUCGACUCUUUUCGAGUAUUGAAGCAGCUCGACCGAAAAUACAUUCUUUUUGUUGCAAUUGUUGAGAGCCAUCUGCGUCUUUUCAUCGUUGACCAGCAUGCCUGCGACGAACGAAUUCGAGUCGAAUCCUACCUCAAAGACUAUAUCCAAAGGACAAAAGUAAACCAACACCAAAAUAAAGCUCAGUUGAGCCAGCAACUUCAACUUGAACUUUCCCCGACUCAAAUUCUCCAUCUCCAGCUGCACCAUGCUCAACUCCAAUCAUUUGGAUUUGACAUUGAAUUUCGAGAAAACCAUGCUUUUUUGCUUCAGGUCCCCGAAGUCCUCUACGACAAGUCUGUCUCGGCUGUUUCUCUUGGUAUAGCCCAGUACUUGGAACAUCUUGCUGCAAAUCAAAAGUCAAGCCGCAUCGGUGAGCCGCACCAUUGGACCCAUGCUGUGAAAGAUGUACCCCAGAUUAUUCUCGACAGCAUUAAUAUGCGAGCGUGUCGUUCGGCCAUCAUGUUCGGAAUACCACUAACACUUGCAGAAAUGAAUUAUAUGCUUCAAUGCCUAUUCCGUUGCCAGCAUCCGUUCCACUGUGCUCAUGGAAGACCGUCGGUGGUCGAGGUGAGAGCAUCCUUACACCCGCUCUCACCAUAA